AUGGAAAAUGAGUUUGCCAAUUGGAAUCUCCAACCAUUAGAUAGAAAAAGAAGAGAGUAUGAUAACAAUUGUGAUAAACUUGAAAAAUUAUUACAAAAAGAGCUUAAAAUUAAAUGGGAAAUAGCUACAUUAGAAAAAUAUUUAAAAGAUGGUAUUACUCCAAGAGGUCUAAAAUACUUCAAAAUGCCAACUUUUGAUAAAGACAUAAUGGGUUUUAUGGAAGAAUGGAAUAACAUGUUGGAAGGUUUUUCCAUUACCACCAUUACCCUUAUUAUCAAAAGACGAAAAGAGAACAUAAAAGAAUUAGAUCUAGAGAUCGAUAAGUGCCAGAAUGAAAUACUCAAUUCCUUAAAUCAAGAGGAAUUUGAUAAUGUAACCGAGGAUAUUAAAAACAAUCUGGAUAAAAUAGAAAAAGAAGUAAUAGAAAAUAAGAAAAACAAAUACCAUAGGGAUAUUAGAGACUACAAAACUAAACAAGUCAGAACUUUUUCAAAAUAUAAUAACAAUAAUACUGAUAAACAUUAUGAAAAAAGAGGUAUAAUAGAAUCAGAAGGGAGAACUAUAGCGAACAAAAAUGCCGAAAGGCAAGAACGAAAAGAGAUCAAUUUUGACUAUACACAGACAUCCAAUACACACUAUCUAAAACCAAGAGAGAGUAGAGAUGAUCAAUAUAAGAAUUAUCCCACUAGACAAUAUUACAAUAGACGACCGUAUAAUGAUUGGGAAAGAGUGAGAGUCCCAUACUGGCAACAAAAAGAACAGAGGAGAAGAGAUUGGCAUACUAGAGACAGGCAAGAGAAUGAAAGGAAGUAUAGGGAUGAAAGACAAGAGAGGAGACCAGAAUAUAGACAGGAAAAAAGAGAGCAUAGACCCUAUAACACCUAUAAACCAUAUAAAAAAGAGGAACCCAUUCAAACCAGCAAUAGAUUUCAAGUAUUAGAUGAAGUGGAGGAUGAGGAGUUUUGGAGGAGUCGAGGCAAAGAAAGACACAAGAGAGAAGAAGAACAGGCAAAUACAGCAUAUUCCAAAAGGAGAAGGGAUUUAAGUACAGAGGGACAAGAGGAGGAAAACACACCAAAAAAAGAGAGACGAGAGAGGUUAUACAGGAAGUAA